CAUCCAGUCAGUCGUUUGAUAAAACUGCACCGAAGAAGGCCGCCGCCAUAGCAGUCGCGGUGUGUACGUAGGCGUUGUAGGAAAAGAAAAAAAAAAAUUACGCUCGACGUGCUCGACGAUUUGCGACACCGGUGAACGGAUUUUAACGGGAAAAACUAUCUUUAACUAAUUUUUUAACAUUUUUGUUUUUUUUUCUUUUCGCCGUACCUACACGUACGAGAACGUUUAUCCAAAAUAAAUUCAAUACGAAAAACCCAAAGAGGGGUUGACGAGCGGUGGCGGCCACGAUGCUCGCGAAGCGACGGACAGUUGCUGGUCAAACGGUUGCGGAACUCGGGAAGUGAGACCAUCGGUCGCCGAUAGUUACGCGCGUAACGUUUCGAGGGACGGCACCGCUUCGUGCGCACAGGGCACACGUAAUUCCCGCCCGCGCGUACGUGCACACUGACGACCGCGUGAAUGUCGCGUAUCGCAGCCUCCGCCGCCGCCGCCGCCGCCGCCGCAGCUGCCGCCGCCGCCGCCGUCGCCGUCGCCCCCGUCCAGUUGCCAGUACGCCGCUGUCAGUUACGAGUCCGCCUCUCGCGCGCGUCGUCGCCGCUGCCGUCGCCUCCCCGUCCGCUGAUGACAGGUAUUAUUGCUCUGUCCGGUGCCGGGUGGACGACGACGGUACCGAUCGCUCGCGGUUAACCACCACCACCACUACUACACGUCAAUGCGGUCGCAUCUCUUCGGCGGCAACAGCCAUGUCCAACGCUAGGAAGACCAAGUUCGUGACCGUCAGCGACUACACCUAAACUAGACGUCGUCCAGGGCCUAUAUGGUGGUGGCCGACAGCAGUAUGUUGUCGACGGUGAAGGAGGAGUCGGUAGCGGCGGACGUGUUUCAACCGCAUGUCAACGUGAACGAUAUACCGCCGUUGCCAACGGCACUUCCGACGACAUCCGCUUUUCCUAGCAGCCCCUUGGCGGCCAAAAAACAAGCUCUCAAGUCGUUCAACGAAGUACAGAGUCUUCUUACAGGCGGCUACCAGAAGGAAGUGAAGAAGAUACUGCGCGACAACUCCUGGCCGACUAACCAUCCGAUUAGGUCUCAACUGUGGCCAGCGCUUUGUAGACAACAUGCGUCUGACAAUAGCAAUAAUAUGCAAGAAGGAUUUUACUGGGACCUUGUAGUACAAUUAUAUGGAUCUACUGAUCUUCCAGAUAAACCAAUUAUUUUACCGCCAUUUGUUGAAUCUAAACAUCGACAUUUGCAUCAUCUUGAUUCCACUGGCAAGAAUAUUACUGAUAGAAUUAUUUGCGUAUUGGGGUUUGCUUGUCCAGAUAUCACCUAUAGUCCUGCCAUAUAUUCGUUAACAUCAUUGCUGCUACACUUUAUGCCUGAAGAAGAAUGCUAUAAUAGUCUAACAAGCUUAGUUUCGUCGAAGAAAAUAGUAUUUGUAACACAAACAAAAUUAUUGUACGAAGUUACAUGGAAAACUGUAAUGCAUAUAUGUAGAAAACAUGUUAAAUCUGCAGCGGGUCACAUUGGAAAACAUUGUUCAAUUAAAAAAUCAGAAAAGAUAUAUGUAGAUUGGAUUUGGUGGAUAUUUCAAGGACUUCCAUUUCAUCAUGCAGUUCGAGUUAUGGACUGUUUUCUUCAUGAAGGAAUUAAAGUGUUAUAUCGUCUAACAAUGGCAAUUUUACAACUUUUUUACAAAUACUCAAUAACAAGCAAUUCUAUUUGGGCUGAAGAAAUAAAUAGUCAUGGUGUAGAUGUAGCUUUAAUGAACUUUUGUCGUCAGAUGCCAGUAAAUCCACAAAAAAUGCUUAAAACUGCAUUUAAAAUUCGUGGUCUCAGUUCAGCAUAUAUUCAUAAAGUUUUUGUGAAAACCGAGAUGAUAUUGAAGAGUAAAGCAGUGUUGUCUGGUUCUAAUAAAUUGAAUCGUUCCUGCUCAAGUGAAAAUUUACCUACUAGUCAAUCGCAAAUGAAUAUGAAUAUGGUAUCACAUACACUUACUAUUCGUGAGGGAGAACACUCACCAAGCCCUCGGGCUUCUACCAUGGCCAGUUAUCCAAUUAACAAUAUCAGAUCUUUGAUAGCUAACCAUCAGGAUCUUUUCACGUUGUGGUCCUGGUUGCCGGUGAGGAUAACGAUGUACCAGCCGAUUCUCCUUUACACGACCGAGGAGCACGGGUGCAGUUUGACCACGUUCUACGUACGGGUGGAACAACACGAGCCGACUCUUCUGUUGAUAAAAACAUGCAACAACGAGGUGUUCGGCGCUUACUGUUCCUCUAAGUGGAUGGAGCGGAACAAAAUGGAUGACCGCGGAAAUCGACAAGCGUACUUUGGCACCGGCGAGACGUUCAUAUUCAGUCUAUACCCGGGCAAAGCAAAAUACUCAUGGGUCGGCAUGGAAGUUGAUAACGUGCACCACGCCAACGAACUAUUCAUGGCCGCCGAUCAGAAAAUGAUAACCGUCGGCGGAGGGGAUGGCCAAGCAAUUUGGAUGGACGAGAAUGUUCGAUACGGAAAAACGGAAAGCUGUUCCACCUUUAACAAUCCACCAUUGUGUAAAAGUCGUGACUUUGAAAUUAAAGUACUUGAAGUAUAUGGUUUUGAUGGAGUGAUUCUUUAAGGAAAGAAAUUCUUGCAACUACUAAAGAAGGUGACAAGUUAUCUAGUCAACAUUUUUUUCUAUUUUAUUAUCUAAUCUUUACUUGUAUGUUAAGUUUUUUUUAUUGUUAUUCAUAAAUUCAUUAUUUGUUAUACUAAAUCCAUGUUACUUUAUGAUUAUUCUAAUGCCUAGAUUUUGCUGUGCGGUAAUUAUUGAAUAGUAAUUAAAUAUAUGCGUUGAAACUACAGUUGCACAAGUUUUUAAUUUGAACUAAUAUUUUGUAAAAUUUAUAUUUAUUCAAAUUCAAUAAGUUGAUUGUGAAAGUUUAUUACCUACAUGACAUUUUUC